AUGUUGGAUACUUCUGAAUGUGAACCUAUAACAUGGUUUAUUCAUUUGGUGAAAAACUGGAUUGAUUUUGUUUUCUUAGCAGAAUCUGUGAGCUCUAUACUUCAGCUUCUGCUCAUAUUAUCAGUACUUUUUAUUAUUAUACAUUUUGUAUAUUCAAUUAUUUUUUUAAUUUUCUGCAUUUGCACAUUUUAUUUUUAUAUUUGGAAAAAAACAUAUACCAAAGAGGAAUAUGUCUUGUGGAGGAAACCAAGGCAAAGGAUCGCACAAUGUCUGAAUUUAUAUGCAAAGAUAUGGCAUGGUCAUGAGAUCAUUGGUAUGGAGAAUCUACCUGAAGGAGCAGGGAUAAUUGUUUAUUACCAUGGAGCUAUUGCUAUAGACUUUGCCUUAUUUGUAGCUUGUUUUUAUGCAAAAACUGGGAGACUAGUCCACUCCGCGAUUCAUUAUGGCCUGUAUUUAGUACCAGGAAUAAAACUGGCUUUGGAUGUAGUGGGUUGCGCAAAAGGCACAAAAGUAAACUGUGUUGAAAUUCUCAAGAAAGGCGAUUUAUUAGGAAUUUCACCUGGUGGACUAAGAGAAGCAAACUUUAGUGAUGAAUAUUACAACACAGUCUGGGGAACUGGCAUAGGUUUUGCUCAAGUGGCUUUAGAAACACAAGUGCCAAUCAUCCCCAUGUUUACGCAAAAUGUCCGUGAAGCUUAUAGAACAGUUGGAAAAACAAGGCUAAUGAAAUGGCUGUAUGAAUAUUUUCGAUUCCUUAUCCUUCCUAUAUACGGAGGGCUUCCAGUCAAAUUGUGCACCUAUAUUGGAGAACCCAUCCCUUAUGACCCAAAUAUAACAGCCAAGGAACUGGCUGAAAAAGCAAAGAUUGCACUUGAAAAUCUUCGAGACAGACACCAGAAACGACCCGGAAAUAUACUUAGAGCUUUAUUAGAGCGAUUUGAUAAAAAUAAGAAAGAUGUUUAGCAG